AUGCCUGGGAAACGUUGGGACGCCACCGACCGGAUGCGCACACGAUCGACACAGGCGAAGCACUACCCGUCACAAGCAGGCCGCGACGGGCCGCUGGGACGCCAACACGUCAUGGACGCAGGAGAUCGCCGUCGGCACGAAGAAAAAGCGGCGAUCAAUCACGAGGUGAAGAUCGCUGUCGGGUCGCAGAAGACGGCGGAUCACCGCGCGAAGCGUGAGCAUCGCCGGCCGGCAAAGAAAGACGGGCGAUCACAUCGAGGAAACGGCAAUCAUACCGAGGGUGAGAUCGCCGUCGGCGAUAAAGAAAACGGCGAUCACCACGAGGGUGAGAUCGCCGCCGGCGAAGAAGACGGCGAUCACCACGAGGGUGAGAGCGCCGUCGGCGACAUAGACGGCGAUCCCCACGAGGGUGAGAUCGCCGUAGGCGACAAAGAGGACGGCGAUCACCACGAGGGUGAGAUCGCCGUCGGCGAUAAAGAAAACGGCGAUCACUACGACGAAGGUAAAAUCGCCGCCGGCGGAGAAGACGGCGAUCACCACGAGGGUGAUAUCGCCGUCGGCGACAAAGAGGACGGCGAUCACCACGGGGGUGAGAGCGCCGUCGGCGACAUAGACGGCGAUCACCACGAGGGUGAGAUCGCCGUCGGCGACAAAGAGAACGGCGAUCACCACGAGGGUGUGAUCGCCGUCGGCGAUAAAGAAAACGGCGACCCCCACGGGGGUGAGAGCGCCGUCGGCGACGAAGACGGCGAUCACCGCUGGGGUGAGAUCGCCGGCGGCGAAGAGGAAAUUGGAGGAGGGAAAGAGCCGCAUCCCAGACGACGGCGACGCCCGGCGGGGGAGCUAGAAGCCUCCUACCGCCGGCGGGGCAUCGCCCUGAUGGAGCCGGGACGCAGAACGCGUUCCCAGCGUGUAGUACGCCCACCAAGAUAUCUCGGCUUUAUACGGAGAUGUAGGUGUGGGCGGCUACGGAAACAUAUGUAG